AAAUGCACCUAUUCCACUUCCGGGUUGUCUAUCCCGCUGAUUUGCAAGCGCGAUGACCGAAGACCCGACCUCGUCCCUCCGUGUGGCGGACAUCAAGGACCCGGUGGUUCUGUUCGAGCGCUACAGCACCGAGGAAAUCCGCGGCAUUGAGUGCAAAGUCCGCGGGCAGAUCGAGCAGAAGAAGGAGGAGCUCAGGCAGAUGGUGGGAGAACGCUACCGGGACCUGAUCGACGCCGCGGACACCAUCGGAGAGAUGCGGCACAGCUCGGCCAGCGUGGUCCAGUCCAUCCAGGACAUGCACCGCUACUGCCAGGGCCUGAAGCAAGGCAGCAAAGUGUGUGCGAGCACCAGCAACCCCGAGCGGCAGAGGCAGGAGACGUUCUACACCAUGGCCUCUCAGAUCAAGCUCCUCUUGGAGAUCCCAGAACGCAUCUGGAGCGCCAUGGAGGCCUCCCACUACCUUCAGGCCACUCGGCUCUACCUGCUGUGCUGCCACCUUCACAGCCUGCUGCACCUGGAGGCCGCCACUGGGGGUCACUACAGUCCCGUCCUGGCUCGCUUCCCCAUCAUUGUGCGGCAGGUUGCCACCACCGCUCACUUCAGGUCCACUAUUCUUCUGGACAGCAAGUCUCUCCUGCGAGGUCGAGCCGUGUCUGAUCAGGCCAUCGCUGAGGCUCUGCUGUCCACCAUGCUGCUGGAGGACAGUUCUCCUCGCCAGGCGCUCGCUGACUUCCUGUUGGCACGGAAGGCCUCCAUCCAGCACUUGCUCAACCAGCCACAGCAUGGGGCAGGUGUAAAGGCCCAGGUGUGCAGCCUGGUGGAACUGCUGGUGACCACUCUGUUCCAGGCUUAUGCUGUGUUCUACACGUCCUCAGAGGGAGGCUCGCGGCCAGGGGAGGCCACCCUCGGCUGUGGCCUGCUCUUCUCCAUUCUGGAAAAUGUCACCUCCUCUGCACCUGCAGGUAAAGGCACAGGUGUGCUGGAGGAAGACACCAGCACGGGCAGCUGGUUCAGGUACCUUCCUCGCUCCGUCACAGACUUCCAGCCCACGCUUCGUACGCUGGCACAGCCAAUCCAGAGGGAGCAGCUGCGGGACACCUUGCAGCAGUGGAUCCAUACAUGCAAGGAGGACAUCUGCCACGGGGUCAGUAGCCUCCUGGUCUACGUGAAGAGCCUGAAGGGACUAGCAGCCAUCAGGGACGCCGUGUGGGACCUCCUGUCCACGGACUCCAUCCAGCGUCACUGGAACACAGUCUGCCAGCGGCUGCUAGAGCGCCCUCUGGCUGUCUGGGACGACUUCCUGCAGCAGCUCUUCCUCCAACGCCUACAGGCUAUAACCAAGGAGGAAACUGAGGCCAUCUCCGUGAGUUCUGUCCAGCUCCUCACCUCAGCUGUGAGGGAUCUGGAGGAGCAGACCACUGCUUCUUGUUCGGGUGCAAACACUUCGGCUCAGUACGAAGCAGACGUGGCCUCCUAUUUGUGGUCGGAAUCUGCGGGGGACCUGCUGAGCGACGCAGGUUGGGUCAGUGUGAGCCAGCGGGGGCAGCAGCAGAGAAGUGGUCUGGCCAUGAAGACCCAGGCCCUGACGCCCUGUGUUCAAAACUUCUGCUCAUCUUUGGACGGCAAACUGAAAGAAAGACUGGAUGAUCUCCAGCACUACCUUCCCUCCCAAGACACAGUUGUAGCUCCAUCUACUGGACAGAAGGAGAACACGCUGCCAUCCUCCUUCAACCGCUUCACAGACUCUCUGGCAGUGGAGGAGGCUUUACAAGAUGGCUGCCGCGCCUGCAUCCGCCGCAUUCUGUCCGCCAUCCGCACUGAACUGUCCGUGGCGCCGCCCGGCUCCGCCUGCCUGAGUCCGGUUCUCUUCAUGGCCCGGCUGUGUCAGUCUGUGUCCGAGCUGUGUCCUAGCCUGAAGCAGUGCAUUGUGGGCCGCCAGCGAGCGGGCGAGGCCGCGGCUAAAACUGCGAGCAAACAGAGCAAGAAGUUGGGUAAAAGUAAGGUGGCUGCAGAGGUCAACGUCUCUCAGGUCAAGUGGGCGGAGCUUAAGGAGGAGCUUGUGCAGUGCAGCUUAGAGGGCUACCGCAUCUGGAGCUCCGCCCUCUCAAAGACUCUGCUAGACUCCUUUGGCGCGGCCCUCCAUGCCGACUCUGCGGGCGCGGUCCUGACGACUGCCACUAGCUGGGAGGACCUGGAGAUCCAAGAAGAGGCUCAGUCGGGGAGCAGCGUCACGUCCAAAAUACGUGUUCCCGUCCAGCCAUCUUGGUUUGUCCAGUCCCUCCUGUUCCGGCUGUGUGCAGAGGUGAACAGGAUUGGGGGCCACACUCUGCCACGAGCCACCCUGCACGAACUUUUGCAGGCAUGCCUGGACCAGGUCUUGCAAGAGUACCACCGACUCACACAGCAGACGCCCGGGGAAGGUAUCUUUCCAAUGACCCAGAACCGAGCCCUACAAAUGAUGUUUGAUCUCUGGUAUCUUAACGCCACCUUGUCUGCCAAAAGAUCACCACAAGACCCAAGAAUGCAGGCGGUCUGUGAUUGGCUGGAGAGCCACAUCGACCCCUUUGACCUGGACGUCUUCACGACUCCCCUCAAUGCAAACCUCCAUCGUCUGUGCCAGAGGACAUCCGUGCUGUUUGGGCUGCUGACAGUUUUGGAGAAACCGUUCGGAUGGCGGAGCAGCAGCGCGACCUCGCAGGAGCCUCACAACAUCCUUCCUCUCUCCAGCAAUCCCAUCAGGUUUGGUUUGUUGCCUCUCAGCAUGUCCGGUCUGCAUAAAUCCUAGAUUGCCACCAAAAGUUCCAAUUCUCACCAGCUGACUUCAAAGGCAGAAAAUGGCCGUUUGAAAGCAGGAAGCAUCUUCCGCCAGCUGGCUGAUCAGGAAGAAGACUCAUCUUCUCCAGCUUUGUUCAAACUUCCUUGGUUGUCUGGGAUGACCAAAUAACUUUCAAAAUAAAGGUGAUGAAUAUGUUUUUCUA